AUGGAUUCGAAACGCAGGUUAACCCAAGCUAAAGUUCUUCCUCCAGUCAAUCGGCCGCCGCUGUUGAGUACCAGUCACAGUGAUAUAGACAUUGGACGCGACAAUCACAGAAUUGCAGAGCAUAAUGUAGAUCGGCCAAGAGUGAAACGUCAUACUGCCAGUCUUCCUGAUCUUCGACCACCAUUUACAAAUAAUCUAUUUGAAAAACAAAGCAGCAUAUCUGAUGAUAACAAGGAUAAAUCAUCGAAAGGUGGUGGGUCCGCUGCAACUAGAAAUUCGUUGCCUAUGGUCCCGAAAUUUAAUAACUCUCAAGAAAUCGGCAAUUCAUUACCGACAAAUAUUCAACGAAAGCCCACACGACGUCGUGCGAAUGACAUCAUUCUUACUCGUCCUGCUACCAUUGCCGUUGUGAUCAAGUACCAGCUCGGACAAUAUGAGCUCAAGAAGUUUAAAACGUGUUUUAAACAUAUCGAUCUUGACUCAAGUGGUGUAAUUGACUGCGAAGAAUUUUUUGAAUUUAUUGAUGAAACAAAAACGCCAUUUUCUGAAGGACUUUUUCGCAUGAUUGAUGCCGAUAAUAAUGGAACGAUUGACUUUGAAGAGUUUGUGCACGCUACUGUAUUAUAUUGUAUGUACACGCGUGAUGAAAUCCUUCGUUUCGCUUUCAACACGUUUGACCCUACAGCCUCAGGCUCCAUUGGGGACAAAGAGCUGCGACGCCUUGUCAGUAUGGUAAAUGAUGGCCAGUCCCAAUUCCCUAGUAACAUUAACAACGCCUUGAUCGAGUUUGACCGAAACAAGGCUGGUGUCAUCGACUUCGAUGAGUUUAAGAAAUUAAACAAGCGGUUUCCCAUGCUGUUGUUUCCUUGCUUUCGACUUCAAGACCGUAUGCAGAAAGCCACACUUGGUGACAAUCAUUGGUUACAGCUACACAAAUUUCUUUACGAACGACUCAAAGAUGAAAAUUAUCAGGUCUGCGAAAACACAACCGUCCGCUUCCAAAGCUCACCUUGA